CGAGGCUGCCAGCCAUCGGCGACUUCGCCGACAGCGUGGAUGAAUCCAUCGAGGAGAUGCGCUCCUAUGAGGAGACGGAGAUCGACGAGCAGGCCUCAGCCUGGGACGAGGACAAGAUCGAGGAGGCAAAGCAGCUAGAGAUCAAGAGGUUCGAGGAUUCCGGGGUCUUCCAGGUGGGGCCGACGGAGGCGUCGAAGGGCAAGCAGGUGAUCGCGACGAUGUGGCAUCUCUCCUGGAAGGCUGAGGAGAAGAUUACGAGGGCGAGGUUCGCGGCGCGAGAGUUUGCCAAGUUCGCGAGGAGGUUCGACGUUUUUGCGCCGGCUUCGACAGCGACGACGAGCAAGGUCAUCAAUUUCAUCGCCAUGCAGUUGUUCCUCUUGACCUUCUGCUUCGACUUCUCGAACGCCUUCUUCAAUGCGACGGAGAACGAGGAGUGCUACGCGCACCCCCCGGCGGAGUGGAUCAAGAAGGAGGUCGAGGCAGGCAGGCCUGGGGAAGUGAUGUGGAGGUUACUUCGACAGCUUUACGGGCGCCGCAGGGCAGGGCAGGAGUUCGCGACAUGGCUGGCCGAGACGCUGACGACCCUUGGCUUCGAGAAGCACAGCGGGUUACCGCACUUCUUCGUUCGCAGGCAGAGGACGCUCUUCCUCGAAGUCCACAUGGACGACGGCCACGGGGCAGGAGAGCCGACCAUGAUUGAGGAGUUCGGCCAGGAGUUGCACCAGGUCACUAUGGUCAAGACCAGCGGCCCCAUCAAGCACGGAGAGGAAUAUACCCACUUGAAGCGUUUCAGAACCUGCGCGAGAGACGAGGUCGCAUUCAGGAGCAACCCCAGGUAUGUCACGAGCGUGAGGAAGGCGCUGGGCAUGGAUGACUGUGGAUCACAACCUACCCUGGGCGUCAAGGCCAACAGGAAGAGCAGCGAGGACCGCGUGGAGUUCGACGGCAAGGAAGUGGAGAUUUCUCGCAGCCGUGCCGGCAGCCUGUUGCACGAGUCCUUUGACAGGAGCGACAUCCAGUAUGAAUUUGGGGAGUUGACCGCCAUCAGAUCUAAAUUCGCAGUGUUCGACAUGAAGGCGCUGAAGAGGCUCGCGCGGUAUUUGGCCAGCGCGGAGGGAGCCAUCACGAGGUGGGCCAGGAGCAAGAAGGAGGACGAGCAGGGCUGGAGCAUCAACCUCGACGGGUUCAAUGCGGAGGCAGAGUUCUACGCCCCGACUGCCGCGGCGAGCGAGGUGGUCCAGUUGAAGGAGCUGUUCGGGUGGUUGGGGUCCCGCGUGAAGGCGAAGCUCUACAUGGAUAGCAGCGCGGCGCGUGGAAUCGCAGCCAGAGAGGGGGCAGGGCGCGCGCGGCACAUCGCCGUGCACGCGCUCUGGCUGCAGCAGAUCGCGAAGAAGAAGCUGCUGGAGAUCGACGCGACCGCGAGGUUGCUCAACCCAGCCGACCGGGGAGCCAAGUUGCACCCGAGGCAGAGGCUGGCGUGGCUCAGGAGGCGCGUGGGCAUUGAAGCGCCCGAGAGGAGCAACAACGAUAAGCGUGAUGGAG